AUGAAAUUCGUUGGCCCCGCCCUUGUCUUAGGUCUUGGCCUUUCCAGUGUCCUAGCCACAGAUGUCUCCUUCUCGUUUCCGGAUCCCGCAACUCCCUAUUUAAUUCAUGGCCUCUGUGCCAUGGGAGCUUCAUCGGUCUCGGCAACCAGCAGUGAUCCAUCGGUGUCGUACACACCCUACUCUGCUCCCUUUGGCGAUCAUGUUCAGCUCUGGGGAGACUCUGACAGCUACAAGACAUCUAGGGUCCGGUAUACCUCACAGUGCAAGGGUGGAAUCUACUUGCAGCCGUCAAAGAAAAUUAUUGAAUCUGUGGGCAUCAAGGACAUUGUCCUUACGGCAACUCCCGAGGCUGGUAAACAGGUUACCGUCUGUGCCUUCGUAAACCCCAAUAUGAGUGAUGGAGAAUGGGGUACAGUCCUCCCUCAAAAUGGCUUUUCUGAGUCAAGAAUUUUUACAGCUAGCAUGAACAGUCUGAAGAGCUACUGUAAAGUCAUUACCACAACGGACAAGGUGGAUGCUGUCAAUGGCCCUCCUCCUGGUCCUCGAGUACAUGAUGUUUGCGCCAGUGGCACACUCAAUGACAAUGGACACCACUACGAGGUCGUUCAGUACCCAUUGGGAACCAUGGUCUGGUACGAGGCCAAGGCUGCGGCGGAGGCAAAGACUCAUUGUGGCAAGAGUGGACACUUGGUCACCAUCACUUCCAAGGCUGAGAAUGACCAUGUGGUUGGACUCAUUACUGCCAAAACUUGUGGUACAGGCCCUUGGUCUUAUUCUUUUAUUGGACUGACAGAUGAUGCCGAGGAAGGCACAUUUGAGUGGGUCAAUGCUGAUCCCAAGGCCAAGGAAUGGCUUUGGUGCAAUGGAAAGGAGGUGGCUUCUGACUUGCCUACUGGAACGUGGGGAAGGCAACGGUUAGGCGGAUUCUUGGUUCGCUACAAGGAGUCUAAGGCACGAGCGGGCAUCAUCCGAGAAGCUGAUAUAUACCUUGUACCUGGUGGAUCCAAGGAAAAAUUGGUCUUCAAGGCUUUCAAGAGCUUCAUUCGCAUUGAUGUCGACUGGAAGCAGUCUGAGAACUACAAGAACGCUGUAGGAUUGUUGGGAUCCUAUUCGCACCAAGGAGAGCGCUUGGGUCGUGAUGGUCAGUUUAUCAAAGAUACGAAUGCCUUUGGACUAGACUGGCAAGUUAUUCCCGAAACGGACGGACCUCUCUUCCAUUCGUAUGAGGGUGCAGUUGUGAACCAAAAGUGUAUCAUGCCGGCUUCGUAUGAAGGGUCCACUGCUCUUCGUGGUCGCCGUUUGGGUGCUUCCUCCGUGGAUGAAGCUGUCGCAGAGAAGGCAUGCAACCAUUUGUUGGACCCUGAUGAGAAGAAGGCUUGUGUCUUUGAUGUGGUUGCCACUCAAGAUUUGAGCCUGGCCAGCACCUGGUAAAGCAAAGAAAGGAAAGAGGGUGGAUGUGUAUUGAGAACAAUGAGCAACAAAUGUUAGUUGUAGACAGGCAGCACUAUAGACUUGCUGUGAUCAACGACCAAAUAAAGUAAGAUUACC